AUGGCCGACUUUGGUGCCCAGGCCCUCCUCAUGGCCGCCCUGCGCGGCAGCUUCCCGCACGACGGCUUCGUGGGCGAGGAAGACGCCGAGGCGCUGCGCAGCGACCGGCAGCUGGCCGACGCCGUGUACGGGCUCGUGAGGGAGGAGGCGCUACGCAGCGGCGGCUUUCGUAGUGGCAAGCACUCGGAGGAGGAGUCCGUCGGCGCCGACGGGGACGAGGAGGACGUGACGAUGGCGAGCCUGCCGGCUCCGGAGUCGCUGGAGGAGAUGCUGGAGCUGCUGGACCUCGCGGGGCGCGGGCGGCCGGGACCGCAGGGCCGGUUCUGGAUCAUGGAUCCCGUGGACGGGACGGCCACGUUCCUCAAGGGCCAGCAGUACGCCGUGGCGCUGGCGCUGGUCGAGGACGGCCGCGAGGUGCUCAGCGUGGUGUGCUAUCCGAACCUCAGCCUCGACGACGGCGGCGGCGGCGUCGUGGCCGAGACGAGCGUCGACGAGCACGGCUGCGGCGUCAUGCUGUCCUGCGUCCGCGGCCAGGGCGCAGAGUACCGCAAGCUGUCGGCCGAGCAGCAGCAGCAGCACCGCCUCGGCCCGGCCAGGAAGCUCGCCCGCCUUCCGACGCCGGCCAGCCUCGCGGACCUGCGCUUCGUGGACUGCCUCGCCAGCAGGUCCUCGCGCCUCGACAUCGCCGAGGGCAUCGCCCGGCAGGUCGGCGCGAUGCCCUUUCCCGGCGCGGACCUGUGGUCGUCGCACGUGCGGUACGCGGCGCUGAUGCUCGGCGGCGGCGACGGCAGCAGCGGGCACCACGUCAUGAUGCGCGUCCCCGUGGGCGCCAGGGGAGCUCCCUCGAAGGCGUGCGUCUGGGACCACGCCGGCUCGCAGCUGCUGUACGCGGAGAUGGGCGGCAAGGUGACGGACCUCGAGGGCCGCGAGAUGGACUUUGGCAGGGGCCGGACGCUGGCGGGGAACUGGGGGCUUGUGGCGGCGCCGGAGGGCGUUCACGGCGAGCUUCUGCGGUUGGUGAGGGAGUGGAUUGAGAGGGAUCCUGUGAUUCAGGGGGGUGGUGGUGGCGGUGCUUGA